AUGGAUCAGACUAUAAAUAGAAACACAUUAAGAAGAUUACAUAUUGGUGGAUUAUCUUCAGAAGUAACAGUAGAUGAAUUAAAAGAAAAAUUCAAUAGUUUUGGUACAAUUCAAGAUGUAGAAAUAAAGACUAAGAAAGAUGUCUAUGGGGAAGAUUUUAAUACCUUUGCCUAUAUUAAUAUCAUAAGUGAUGAAUCAGCCUUGAAUAAAUGUUUUAGUAUUUUCAACAAGGCUAAAUGGAAGGGGCGUUCUUUGCAAAUUCACCUGGCUAAAGAACAUUUUUUAAAAAGAUUAGAUGAAGAAAGAAACUAUCCAAUUGUUCCAGUUGUAAAGAAAGUUAAAACCAAUUUUCACAAUCCUUUAGCUCUUUUACCAGAAAUAGAAGAUUUUAACAUGAAAGGAAAAGUUCCGGGUACUCCAAUUCCAGGUGAAAAGAAAUGGGUAGUUGGUAAAUAUGGAAGAAUAUUACCCAUAGUAAAUGUUAGAAAUAGAUCUUUGAAUAAGUGUAUAUAUUACGAUCCAUCCAAAUAUUGUCAUAACCUGAAGAAAUUGAAAGAGGAAGAAGAAAGUGAAAGAGUUAUAGAUAUUGAAGAAUUAACGUGGAAAGUUGAAACAGAUACUAACAAUAGUUCAUCAAAACGAAGAUGUGGAGAUUUUUCUGAAUUCGAAAGUUAUGUCCCUAAACGUGUUAAACUAAAUGAAGAUUAUUGGAGUGAUGAAAUGCAAGAAAAAAUGGAGGAACUACGAAGAAGAUAUUUGGAAAAAAAUUCUGAAGAAAUUCCUCGAAAGUUUGAAGAUGAUAUUGAAAUUGUAAAAAGUAGGAAAACUGUUUCUAGUGAAUAUCACAUUCCUAAAACAGACUUUAUUUAUGAUUCGGAUGAACAGCUCUCUAAUGAUGAAGAGCAAUUUCAGCAUUUAUC